AUGAAUCUUUCUUUAGUGGGUGUUCUGUUGGGCAUAUUUGUGGAAUGUGCAUGGUCUCUUCGUUUCUUCGUACCUCCAAAUGGAAAGAAAUGUGUUAAAGAGGAGAUUCAUAAGAAUGUGGUGGUGACUGGUGAAUACGAACUCAGCGAAGGUAACGGAUACACAAGUAGCGUUCAUGUGUCCGACUCGCGAGGUCAUACACUGUAUAAUCGAGAGCAUUUCGCCGAGAUUAAAGGCAAAUUUGCUUUUACGGCUGAUGAGUACGAUAUUUUUGAGAUUUGCUUCACCACACAUGUGCCACCUGGUCAACGUGGUCAGCAGCGUGAAGUGAUGCUGAAGAUGAAACGUGGUAUAGAAGCGAAGAACUACGAAGCACUUGCCAAGACUGAGCAAUUGGAGGAUCUCUCAGAGUCGAUUGUUCAAGAUUUUGCAUAUAUGCGGCAACGAGAAGAGGAGAUGCGGAAUACAAACGAAUCGACGAACAGCCGUGUGUUGUAUUUGAGUAUUUUCUCGAUGAUGUGCCUUCUGGGACUUGCUGCAUGGCAGGUGCUUUACUUACGUCGAUAUUUCAAAGCGAAGAAGUUGAUCGACUGA